AUGUCUGCCAUCGCUGCUGCUGCUCGAGAGUGCGACUCAGACGAGCCGGCGGACGCUCUGCUGCCCCAGACGACCUACCAGCCCGCGGACGCCUUUGCCGACCCUCACGACUACUACCUGCAGCGUAACAACCUAGACGAAGACCGCCAGCGAGGAGGAGGAGGAGACAGCCAGAGUGACGGACGAGCCAGCCAGACGAACAGCAUCGGCAGAGGGAGAGGCAGCAGUCUCGCGGACAGAGGGCUGCCGGACUUCUCUCUCCAGCCCAGCAAGACCCGGACGGCCACCGCUACUCCGGCAUCAGCAUCGUCAUCUACGUCUACCUCUACGCCUACGUACAAGAGCAGACAGGCUUCGCUGCAGGACCUCGUCAACAGGUUCAACCAGACGCCAGACGAGGUCGUGCCCAAGCCGUCUGCUGUCUCCGCACACGCCCAUGCCAGGCCACCGCCCGCCAGACGGCCCUUGUUCGGCGAGAUCAUACCCAAGCCAGUCACCGCAGCGGCGCCCAUCGUCACCACCACUGCUACUACGACUUCUACUUCUGCUCUCACGCAUCUACAAACGGGUGCAGCCUCCCGGAGGGCCAGGAGUGGUUCGGACAGCUGCAUGCAUACGCCCAAACAGCUACACUUCCUAGACAGCGCGUUUGCUCUGCCGCAUCACAGUCAAUAUCAAAAUCAGACUCCGCAGCGCCUCCAAACGAACCAUCCACCGCAGCAGCAGCACCAUCACCUCCAGCAUAUACAAGUCGACUCGCCGACUGCAUGGUAUCUGCCUGCUCUCUCCCACAGACGCUCCCAAAGUGACCUGGGCUCCCCCGUCUUGCCGCAACUGAACAUGAACCCACACCCCAUCUCGACAUCUUUUUCAUCCCGUCAGUAUCAACACCAGCACCAGCACCAGCAGCAACACCAGCAGCACUCGAGAAUACCUCUUCCGUCCCGUCGUGCCAGCCAGGCCUCAGACUCAGGCAAUUCCUCUCCCUCAACCCGCACAAACUCCGCCCUCGACCGGUAUCCUCCUCUCGCCGGCCCUCUCCCGCCAAAGGGAGUCAGCUUGCUCCCCAAGCCAACCUCUCCUCCUACUUCCUCUACUGCUACUUUUACUCCUCGAUACCGUAACCGUUCCUCUUCAGCAAACACCACCACAACCACAAGCUCGACCGCCAGCCCCCGUCGACAUCAGCAACACCACAUCCCUAGAGACCAGAAGAGUCCGACCCUACAAGCUUUCAUCUCUGCUCCCUUGCCCAAAAAGUCCCCUCCUCUACGCAGCUCCAGACCAAGGCAGCCUGUUUCCAGCGCCACCACCUCGGCCUCCCGCGCUAGACUUGUAGAUCGCAUAUCGGGGCUCCAGUCCAAGGAAGGCGGCGCUUCUACUUCUGCUUCUUCUACUUCCCAUUCCACCGCGGCUGGCUCUAGAUCGGCGUCUGCUUCCAAGAAACCGCCAGAGCUGGGAAACGUGGAUUUUGCCGCUCGAAGGCAGCGCAUACAGCAGGCUUUCAACCGUACGGUGGAGGAGAAUGCUAAGAAGGAGGAGCGGGCUGCUGUACGACGAGAGCGUGAAAUUGCAAGGAAGAUGGCCAGACAGCACCAGCACCAGCAGCCUCAGCAAAGGCUACAAAAACAGACCCAGCAGGGGAAGCAAAAGCAACCUGAACAACUACCUCAGCUUGAACCUCUACCUCAAACCGAACCUCUAACUGAUGCUCUAUCUCUACCUCUUCCUAUACCUGAAUCUGAACCUCAACCUCAACCUCAACCACAGGCAUUAGACGCUCAAACAAUAGAACCGGUAGAGAAACCGGCUGAACCUGAGCCAGAAACAGGAACAGGAACAGACCAAACGGCUGCUGAUCCAACGCCCGUGCCUGAAGAAUUAUCAUCCGAACUAGCGACAACGACAACGACAACGGCUGACCCAGCAAAGGAAGAAGAACAACAACAACAAGAGAAAGAAGAAGAACACACGACAACGGUCGGCAACGAACCGGUGAAUACAUGCGUAGAGCCGCAGCUAUUCACCCCUGACGAGAAUCAUGAUUCCUUCGUUACCCCCCAGGAGAGCCGUUCUCCCGUCCUGCUCCCUGUAACCUACCAACCAGACCAGCGUCAGGAACAACACCAGGAACCCCUCGACAUGGCCCUGACUAGCUCCUACAGGCCCAAGACCCCAGAAUCAGACAACACAGAUACAGUACCCCAGUCCGCCGUCACGGUCGGCACCGAGAUCACCACCUUCGACACAGAGCCACAGGAUGGCCUGCUCACCCACAGAACCAUGCUCAACCACAUCAUGCAGAUGCGAGAGUCCAGUCCCAGCGUCUCCGACACCUCGGACGGACACGACGAGCACGACGACACCGAGCACGAGACGGAGCAGGACGACAGUACCACCGCAGACGACGCAGAGUCGAUACGCAUCAUGCUCCGCCGCUCAAGAUAUCUCGACUCGCUCGCCGUUCAUGGAGCCGGAAACCCCCGUCACAGAUGGAGCAUGAGCUCGUGGAACUCCUCCUUCCAGGGACAUCCGCCACAGGGCGAAGUAGAAGCUGUUUCUGACCUCGGAGACCUCGGACAGGAGGAUGAAGCCUUGUCCAAGAACCAGGAACAGGAAGAUAGCUGCGAGAGCUCCCACUCCUUGCAUGAAAACGCGACGACUCCACAGCCGAUCUUCCCGCCGUCUCCACCGUGCGAAGAAGACGCCGAUGAUGCCAGCAAGCAGCAGGGGCAGCAACAACAGCAGCUUCAUGGACGUCAUGAUGUCGAUGAUGAUAGCAGCGAGUCUCCCGUGCUUGGUAAUGAUGAUGAUGCUGUCAUUGCCUCGCUGGAACGACGGUUCAGCAUGAACAUGGCCAACCACUACACCACCAUCGCCAAACAGGCUCGCUGGGACUCGAAACGAGCUACGCAGCUGUACCUCCAGGAACUAGCCAAAGCAGGCUACGAGCGGCCCCGGGUACCGAUCCUGACACCCGGCAGUAGUGAGAGUGAAGGGAAGCGACUGUCUGCCCACGGCAGUAUAAGCAGGGGAACUGACGAAGGAGACGGCGACGACGGCGUGCUGGUGCCGGACUCUUCAACAAUACCUACCGCUGAGUUCCUACCGGCGCGAGCAAGCCUGCAUCUGCGCGAUGACUGGGAGACUUCACCUUCUAUCGCCGACUGGAUGCAUCUGGCCGCUGGGGAGGACGAGAUGCUGCAGCAGCAACAGCAGCAACAACAUACACAUCUUCACCAGCCCGAGCAUGAAUACCAACAGCAUCAGCGCCAGGCCACAGACGCCACUGAGAUUCCGCAUCCUUUGACGUCUACUUCUUCUGUACCGGCAUCCUCCCCUUCUGCCUCUGACCAAGAAGGCGCUGAAACCCCCCGGAUCGCUGGACCACCGCAGUUUGCCUCCAUAGACGGAACCGUGGAGGGUCUAGGACUGGAAAUCCGCGUUCAGUCGCCGCAGGAUGGUGACUCGCCUACUCUACCGUCUCCCUUCCAUAUGCAUCUUCCCAUCGUGCCCUCGCAGCCUCAUCAUCCGCCGCCACCGCCUCCUCCCCCUGCUACUUCUUCGACUUUGACAGCUACCGCGGAAGACCGUCACCAGGCCGGUAGCGAGGUAUCCCCAAGCGUGUAUGCCCAAUCUCCCCCUGCUAGCCCAGUGCCCGCUUUACCGAUGUUCCACGAUGCACCACCUAGCAGUCGAAGCGAGGACUCGUCGUUACACAUCACUCCUCCGCAUACGAUCUCCUCUUCGACCUCUCACACGCAAGAACAGCCUGCGUCCCUGGCACCGGAAACGACCUCUGUGUUCCACGACAUCCUAGACCCCGCGUCCCGUAUCUCUCCUACCCCUGAAGAGCGCCGUCUCAAGAAACGCCGGCACGUCAUCAAGGAACUCGUCGAUACCGAGUACACCUUUGGCCAAGACAUGACUGUCGUUGUUGACAUAUACAAGGGUACCUCGAGCUCUUGUCUCGGCCUGUCGCCAGAGGACAUCAAAACCCUCUUCGGAAACUCGGAGCAGGUCGUCCAGUUCUCUAUGGACUGGCAGGAUGCGCUCAAACAAGCUGCCAGAAGCGUCUAUGUUCUGCCCAAGUCCCAGCGCUGGAGCAGUAAACGCAGCAGCAAAUGUACCCAGAACAGCGCCGCGACUAGCAAUAGUCCCGAGCCGCAGCAGAUAGCUGAUGAAGAGAACGACCGCAAGACGACCAUCGGAGAGGCGUUCAUGGCUAAUAUUGAGAGGAUGGAGACCGUUUAUUCAGACUACCUGCGUAACCACGAUGCAGCAAACAGGACCCUCGAUGCCCUGCUGAAGAACAAGAACGUUAACAUCUGGCUAAAGGAGUGUCGAGAAUGGGCUGCUGACCUUACAUCUGCAUGGAACCUUGACUCGCUUCUCGUCAAGCCGGUCCAGCGAAUUCUCAAAUACCCGCUUCUUCUCACUGAGCUGCUCAGCGCAACGCCAUCAGACCAUCCAGACUACACUGCCAUAUCAAAUGCGCUCGCAGCCACAACAGCCAUAUCCGUACGUAUCAACGAGAUGAAGAAACGCGCCGAUCUAGUCGGACAAGUGGUAGGCAGCGGACGGAAACGCAAAGAAUCAGACGUCCGCACCGGUCUGUCGAAGGCCUUUGGUCGACGAACUGAGAAGCUGAAGCAGCAUGUUGGUAUCACGGAGAUGUUCUCAGAUAAAGAAUAUGAUAUUCUCAGUCAGCGGUUUGGAGAUAACUUCUUCCAGCUGCAGCUUGUCAUGCGUGACGUAGAAGGGUAUCUGGGCGAGAUCCAAAGCUCAAUGAACAAAUUUAAUGAGUUUAUUGUUGCCAUCGAGGGUUAUAUAACCAUUGCGCCCUCGAAUUACCCCGAGCUCGAGAGUAAAUGGUGUCGAUUCCGGUUGGCUGUCAAGGACGUUAUGACCGUCGCUCUAGUCGAGCAUAUCGCCCAGGUGCGGAAGAGCGUAGUGACGCCAAUGGUCACGCUAUUGAAACUCCAUGAUGGGCCACAGCGAGUCAUGCAAAAGCGUAAUAAGCGACUGAUGGACUAUGUAAAGUACAAAGCCAUCAAGGACCGAGGAGACAAGCCCGACAAGAAGAUAACUGAGCAAGGAGAACAGUUUGUGGCGCUCAAUAUGGCGCUAAAGGAUGAGCUACCGAAACUCUUAUCGUUGACCGGCAAGCUGAUGGAAGCUUGUUUGAACGCCUUCGUCCAGAUCCAAGCCACCUGGCUGACCCUGAUGCAGAAGAGGCUUGGUUAUACCCUCGACAGGCUGCCGCAGGACAUCAACCAGAUAAUCACCGAUUGGUCCGGGGAUUUCUCGUUCAGUGAAGCCCAGGUACUCUCUCUGGGCGUCUGCAAUGGCUCGAUACUGGCGGAUACAGCGCUUGUGAACAAUUAUAGCUCCCCGCCGCCUUCGCAUGGAGCGGAUGCUAGCUCUUCUCGUCGUCCGUCGACGGUCAACAGUGCAACUGGCCGUACAUUCUCCGGUGAAUCGGGAAACUCGCCCAAGGGUUCGCAUGAAUUCCUCUCGCGAAGCCCAGAGCAUGUGAUGCAGACUCCUCCCAGCACAGGCUUCAUGCAACAUGGUAACGGUUCAUAUGUCUUUCCGAUAGCAUCGGGAUCCCGCACCAGAGCCAACUCGACAUAUUCCGUCAGAGCAGCACCGGAUGUAACAAGCAGCCAUAUCCCCUCAAUACCAUCGAUAAUCAACUCGACCCGCUCCAGCGUCACGGCUCAAAGCGGUACUAGCAACACAUCCUACCGAACAUCAGACGUUUCUCCCAAGCUCCCUCUUCUCGCCCUGGAUACCCCUCGUCUAGAAUUCUUCCCCGACCACCUCAUGAGCAGUAGCAGGUACAACGUCAACGUCAACGGUACCAGCAACGCCACCAACCGCAACAGCCAUAACCACGUCGCUCCUGAUCCAGCCGAGCAUCCUUCUUCUCCCGCAGCCGCUCGCUACUCAGGCUUCUUCUCUUCCGCCAUGCCCAUGGCCGAGAACCCAGAGCCACCCACCCGUUUCUAUUCCCAGCAAGCACAUACCAGUGUCCCCAUGAACCGCAGCGUAAGUGCCGGCGCCAGCGGCCAUGCAAGCUACCCCUCAGCACCCAAGGAACCUUCAAUUCUAUUCUUGGCCGCCAGCAUGUUUGAAUUCAAUAUCGACCGUGCCCGGCGUGAGGCAGGAUACCCGUACCUAACCUAUGUGGCCGGUGAGAUCUUCGACGUCAUAGGCGAAAAGGGUGAUCUCUGGCUUGCUCGGAACCAAGACGAUCCCACGCACCAGGUCGGUUGGAUCUGGACGAAGCAUUUCGCCAAGUUAGCAGGUUGA